AGGCGGCUCUGGUGCUGGGCGGGCGGGCCCCGGAAUUGUCAUUUCUUUGUUUCCGAAGGCGGAGGAGGCUCUGAGCCCCCCCUCCCGUGCCACCCCCUCCCCCCGGGUGCUGGCUCCAUGUCUGUGUGAUCGGCCCCAGGGGUAGAGUCCAGGCCCGACGCGGGGCGGGCAGGCGGCGGCAGCAGCUGAGGUGAGAGACGGCGGCGGCGGCGCGGGCACUCGGCCCCCCAGCGGGAGGAUGAAGCGGCGGAACGCCGACUGCAGUAAGCUCCGCCGCCCCCUAAAGCGGAACCGGAUCACCGAGGGCAUCUAUGGCAGUACAUUUUUAUACCUGAAAUUCCUGGUAGUAUGGGCACUUGUCCUCCUAGCAGAUUUUGUCCUGGAGUUCAGAUUUGAAUACCUGUGGCCAUUCUGGCUUUUCAUCAGAAGCGUCUAUGAUUCCUUCAGAUACCAGGGACUGGCCUUCUCCGUAUUUUUUGUUUGUGUAGCAUUCACGUCAAAUAUAAUAUGUCUGCUGUUCAUCCCCAUACAAUGGCUUUUCUUUGCUGCUAGCACAUAUGUAUGGGUUCAGUACGUAUGGCACACAGAGAGGGGAGUGUGUUUGCCUACAGUGUCCCUCUGGAUACUCUUUGUUUAUAUUGAAGCAGCCAUUAGAUUUAAAGAUCUCAAAAAUUUUCAUGUGGACCUUUGUCGUCCAUUUGCUGCUCACUGUAUUGGAUACCCUGUGGUAACUUUGGGCUUUGGCUUCAAAAGUUAUGUAAGCUACAAAAUGCGGUUAAGGAAGCAAAAAGAAGUGCAAAAAGAGAACGAAUUUUAUAUGCAGCUUCUUCAACAAGCCCUCCCUCCAGAGCAACAGAUGCUACAGAAGCAAGAAAAAGAGGCCGAGGAAGCAGCCAAAGGAUUACCCGAUAUGGAUUCCUCGAUCCUUAUACACCACAAUGGAGGUAUCCCAGCCAACAAAAAACUCUCCACAACUUUGCCAGAGAUAGAAUACCGAGAAAAAGGGAAAGAAAAGGACAAGGAUGCCAAAAAACACAACCUUGGAAUAAAUAACAACAAUAUUCUACAACCUGUAGACUCUAAAAUACAAGAAAUUGAGUAUAUGGAAAACCAUAUCAAUAGUAAAAGAUUAAAUAAUGAUCUUGUGGGAAGUACAGAAAAUCUCUUGAAAGAGGACUCAUGCACUGCUUCCUCAAAAAAUUACAAAAAUGCCAGUGGAGUUGUGAACUCCUCACCUCGAAGUCACAGCGCCACAAAUGGGAGCAUUCCUUCCUCAUCUAGUAAAAAUGAGAAGAAGCAGAAAUGCACUAGCAAGAGCCCAAGUACACACAAGGACUUAAUGGAAAACUGUAUUCCUAAUAACCAGCUAAGCAAACCAGAUGCUCUGGUAAGGCUGGAACAAGACAUUAAAAAGUUAAAGGCUGACCUGCAGGCCAGUAGGCAAGUGGAACAAGAGCUCCGCAGUCAGAUCAGCUCCCUCUCAAGCACUGAGCGAGGGAUCCGCUCAGAAAUGGGCCAGCUCCGGCAGGAGAAUGAGCUGCUGCAAAACAAGUUACAUAAUGCUGUGCAAAUGAAGCAAAAAGACAAGCAGAAUAUCAGCCAGCUGGAGAAAAAGCUAAAAGCUGAGCAGGAAGCCCGAAGUUUUGUAGAAAAGCAGUUAAUGGAGGAGAAGAAGAGGAAGAAGUUAGAAGAAGCCACUGCUGCUCGGGCUGUUGCAUUCGCUGCUGCUUCAAGGGGAGAAUGUACCGAAACCUUACGGAAUCGGAUCAGAGAGCUAGAAGCAGAGGGCAAGAAGCUCACAAUGGACAUGAAGGUGAAAGAAGACCAGAUCAGAGAACUAGAACUGAAAGUCCAGGAGCUUCGGAAGUAUAAGGAAAAUGAGAAGGACACCGAGGUGUUAAUGUCAGCCCUUUCAGCCAUGCAAGACAAAACGCAGCACCUGGAGAACAGCCUAAGCGCCGAGACGAGAAUCAAGCUGGACCUGUUUUCUGCACUGGGUGACGCAAAGCGGCAGCUUGAGAUUGCCCAAGGACAAAUCCUUCAGAAAGACCAGGAAAUCAAGGACCUAAAACAGAAGAUAGCUGAAGUCAUGGCCGUCAUGCCCAGCAUAACGUACAGUGCCGCCACCAGCCCCCUGAGCCCCGUGUCCCCCCACUACUCUUCCAAAUUUGUGGAGACCAGCCCCUCUGGACUUGAUCCCAAUGCCUCUGUUUACCAGCCCCUGAAGAAAUGAAGGCCGGCUGUGUGUUUUGCCCAACCGUUUGGUUACUGGAAGUCAUCACAAAGGAGCGUCUCUGGCAGUCAAGAUAAAAAGUUUAUAUUGUAUUUUGUGGGACUGUAUAUGUUGUCAUUUUUUAAAAGGGGGGAAAAGAUAACAUCCAAGUCUGAUUAGAACUGCCCAUCGGUUUUUCUUGUAAAUUUUUAGAAGACCUCACAGAACUUUACAGUUUAUUUUUCUCGGCCAACACAUUAAAACCAUUCUUGGAUUUCAA